GUCUAUGAAGUAAGCACUAAGAAGUAAGCAGUAAGCAGUUAGUAGUUGAUCCAAAUUCUAAACAUCCGAUAAUUUAUUUUUAAGAUCAUCAAUUUAAUAUUCUGCUUUUCUACCUAUUUAUUUUUUAAAUAUUAAAUUUAUAUUUUAAUCUGUAAAAACCUCAAAUAGAUUACAUUAUAUUGUCUUGUUACAAUAGGGGUAUACAAAUCAAGUGCCACAAUAUUGUUUAGUUUUUUCACUUUUAAAUCACUAGUCAGUGAAUAAUAAUAACCAGUUCACAUUUGUCAAGUAGACUGAAAACAUAAACUUAGCAGUCACAAUAUAGUCUAUACACUAUGUCCCCACCAACUAUAAGGUCGUCUCAAGGAAAUACAGCCAGUCAGACACAAGGGCCUCAAUAUGCUAAAGUAUUUGUUCAACGAGACUAUUCGGAUGGCACAACUGUAAAAUUUAUGACAAGUUUCCCACAAGGACUGGAAAACAAAAUCGAGCGAACAGUUUUUGAAUAUACAAUCAAUCAGUUGAAUACAUAUUUUGCCGAAGCUGAAAAGGCAUCAUGUAAGACAUACUGUGAAGGCUGUUUUGCAUGUUUCACUGUGUAUACAAUGUUUUUGUGUGCAGAUACACAUUAUGAAAAAUGUUUACGGAAAGUUGGAAAAUUUAUAGUUGAACAGAAUGAAAUGGUCUAUUUACCAAGAGGUUUGCUGCUUACCAAUCCUGCAGAACGAGGGUUAAGAAUUAUUGAAAUCACUAUGCUAGAUCAACCUAUAGUGGCCAGAACAUGACUCACAUUAUCCGUUUCGACGGAAGAAUUCUUCAUGUGAAAGUUGGCUAAAAAUAUUUGUUGAGUGUAAUACAAAUACUAUUAUAAUUAAUAGUCAUACAAACAAAAUGUCAAUCUUACAAUGGUUUUUCAUUCAAAUAUUUUGAAUCUUUUAUUCUUUGGUCUGUGGAAGAAAACUAUUGUUAUGUUAGUAUUAGUUUUUUUUUGUUGUUGUGUGGUUUUGUUUGACUUACCAUACCUAAUUUUGCAUUUACUUAACUUUUUAUUUUAUUAUUAAAAAAAUCUUAUUUUUUAAACAAUAAAAAGUUGAUCAAAUAAAUAUGUUUUAUCACCAA